CUGCCCGACCAGCCAGUCUCUCCCGCUUUUCUCGCCCGCUCGCGUCGGUCUUUUCUUUGUCGUCUCCGCAUCUCCGCAUUUUCCCAGUAUCUCGGUAUCUCAGUGUCUCAGUGCCUCCAGUGCCGACAGUUUUCCGCCGACGUCCAAAAAAAUUGUCAAAAUAAUACAAAAUACGGGAAAAAAGAAGGCAAUACAUGUAAUAAAUAAAAACCAGCCAAGAAAAGCCAACCGUGAAAAUAUAAAUAUAAAUUCCUGGCGUCAACUGUCAACGGCAGCAGCAUUUUCCAGCACAAUGUUGUUCCUGGGCAUUCGGCGAUUUUAGUGGCGGAACACAAUUUUGCGCUUGGCUAGCAAAUGUUCGAGAUGGACCCAAAUGGAUUCAGCGGGACGCAGGCGGCGGCAGCUGCCUAGAAAUCCUGGAGUGCUCUACUCCAUCGACACCGAAACAGAAACCCCCAACCUAAAACCAAAACCAAAACCGAAACCGAAACCGAGACCCUAAACUCGGAAAAUAAUGUGCUGCAGGAGUGGGCAUUAUUGAAGUUGACAACACUUCGGCAGACCGGGCUGAAAGCACAGGGUUAAAAGCAAUCUCUCUUGGGGCAGCCGGAGGAGAACAAUGGUCAUCCAGUGCACAUGUGAUUGCAACUGCAGUGAUAGUAGAGAUAACCGGAGCAUAAUAUCCUGCCUGCUCCCGGGUCGCAGUCAGCCGUACAAGUUCGGAGCCUCGUUCGGUGGCGAUGAUAUGGAGCAGAGGAUACCGUACUACCGGCGCCUAUCGAAUACCUCAUCGGCGCUCUAUGGCAGCUGUCCCCAGUUGUUGCCCAGUAGCAGUAGCACCACCAACCAUCAUUCCUGGCUGAGGAUCCCCAAGAAUUCCCAGGAGAAUCCCUCGGAGAAUCCCCAAGAGAACCCACGGCAGUACUCGAGUCUGGUGAGGCCCAAGCAACGCAGUCCCGUGCUGUGCAACAAAUCCUGGUGGGUCUCAUGUCCCCGGCUCUCUUAUUUGCCCGCUGAGCAAACGAAAAUGCAGUCCACUGCCACGCCCACCCGCCACUGCCACGGUGGGGGAGUGGGAGUAGGUGGUGCCCCCCAAACCACCGGCACACCACCCACUCUGCCCCGAUUUCCCAGCAAACGGCAUUGUGACAAUUUCGGCAGCUACGCCACAUUGCCCACCAUUGAGCAGCAGUUGACCAUGCCAAUGAUGCCCCACUGCAGUCGACACGGUGGUGGUGCUGCUGCGGUAGUGGGUGGUGCUGGGGGGGCGGGUCCCGGUGUAAUGCCCGCCCCACCACCGCCGCGCUAUGCGAAUCCCAAUUUGAAUGGCUGCUGCUACAUGUACAAUCCCAUGCCCGCCGCCCAUCAGAGCCAUCACCUUCAGCACGGCCAGCAUGGUCAGCAUGGCCUGCACCACCCCCAACUGCCCCACCAUCAGCAUCAGCACCACCACCAGAAUCAGCACCACCCCCACCAGUACGCCCCGCAAUAUUGCCUCUGCGAUAAUUGGUACCAUCAGCCAGCGCCGCCGCAGCAACAGCACCACCAACAAAGGACUAAGAAUCAGAUGGCCAACGGCGGCUGCUAUUUUGGCUACGAGGCGAGUCAUCAUCCCAAUCUGCAUGCCACGCCCCCCCAUCCCAGCCAUAUAACUGACGAGGAGGACUCGGCGUUUCCCGGACUGGCCGAUCGAGAGUUCCACCUGCUGCACCGGAAUAUUCCGGCACUGCGACGAACCGGAGUGGAUACCACACGCAUUAGACAGUACUUUUACCCCGACGGCGGCUGGGGCUGGAUCAUCUGUGGCGUGUCCUUUCUGGUCCACAUCCUGACCACCGGGCUGCAGCUGAGCUACGGCCUUUUGUGGUUCUAUGCCGUCCAGUAUUUGCAUAAUACCAGUGGCAUAGAACUGCUGGGCGCUUUGAGCUGGUCAGUUUCCAUGGUGGCCACAUCGUUUGUGGUGUCCCUCUGUCGCAAGCGCUCCAUCCGCCUCCUGUCCAUCGUGGGCGGCCUGGUGAUGCCCCUGGGCAUACUGUUCACCUCAUUUGCCACGGAAUUUGGCCAGGUUGUUUUCAGUUAUGGCAUCGUCUUCGGAGUGGGGGUCGCCAUGGUGCGGGAGGCCUCCACCGUGAUGCUGGGCAAUUACUUUAAGCGGCGCCGUCAAUUCGUCGAAAUGGUGGCCAUGUCCGGCGAGGGAGUUGGCAUCGCUUUGUUCUCCGUCAUCCUGAAGGAGGGCGUGGGCAAGGCGGGCUGGCGCCUGGGCCUCCAGAUUGUCGCUGCCCUGACGGCACUCAGCUUUUUCAUGGGUCUAAUGUACCGACCCGCCUCCCUGUAUCACCCACAGCGCCGGGCCAUCCAGCAUCUCAAAAAUCAGCGCAAAAAGAUGAGGGAGAAGAAGCCGAUUCUCAGCCAGGAGGUGGAGAGCAAGCCGAGAUACUUAUUCCUGGACAUAUCAUCACUGAAGUCGGUGACUGUUAAAAUUUUACUCAUGACCUCCAGCGUGGCCUCCUUUGGCAUUUAUACACCCAUGUUCCUAAUGGCUCUCAAUGCCGCCGAGCAGGGCUCUGAUGUGCAGGAGUUGGUUCUUUUGCAAACAUUUCUGGGAAUUUCCAUGGCCCUGGGUGUGGUCAUAGCUGGAGCUUUGCUGAGACGUUGCUUUGUGAUCAGGCACUUUGUGAUCAAUACGAAAAUUGUCACACAGCUGUUCCUAUCAAUUGUGGCCCUGGCCAUCCUAUUUCUGUCCUUUGUCAUGGGUUAUACAGGCCUUUGUAUACUAAGCUGGUUGUAUGGCAUUGGCCUGGGUGGUUUUCAAUACUCCCUGAAGAUUUUAGCACUCGAACGCAUUAAGCUGAAACACUUCUCGAAGGCUUGGGGCUUUAUUCGGGGAGUCGAGUCAGUUCCUGUGCUGAUAAGCGUUCCACUCACCUCGUUUCUGAACGAUUACUCCCUUAAAUACGGUCGAGCGGGCUAUUACAUAUGCUCGGCGGCGGCUGCCAUCUCGGGAAUUAUAAUAUUUUUCAUAAGUGAGCCGCAGCAGCAGCAGCAGCAGUUGCAACAUCAUUAUCAGCAGCGAAAUGGCCAUUUGCCGACUCCCAUGCUGAUACGCCACUCCUCCGCCCGCCAGCCCCGCCCCCAUUUGCCGAUGGACUACGGAUAUGGGGAGUACCCCGCCCCGCCCGAUCUCCUCAGCCGGAGCUGCAUUAGUCUCAAUCAAAUGGAGCCCUAUCUGCAGACCAACUUCUGCCAAAGGCACAUGUUGCAGCAGCAGCAACAGCAGCAGCAGCAACACUCCCACCUGCAGCAGUUGGCCUGUCACAAUCUCGAUUUGCAGCAGCAGCACCAGGGACGUGGAGCCUACCAACUGGGCCAAGGGAGCAUCGGGGCCAAGAUGGGCAAGCGACUGCAGCGGAGUCUGUCCUUCAUCCAGCAGCACAGCAACUGCUGCGAUGGCCAAAUGUACUGCAGCUGGCACAGCACCUACGAACUGGGCUGUCACAAGAGCAACAAGAACCCCGGAUCGGCGGACCAGCAGCCAUUGAUAUGCACCUGCAGCAGUCCGAACAGGAACCCAGUCACCUAUGGAACACACGGCCCACCUGGACCCCAUGGACCACCCAGCUCCACCCGCAGUCGCAGUGUUCCGGAGGGUUUAUCCACGAUGUCGCAGCAGUGUAACUGUCGUCAGCCUGCUGCCACUUUUCCGGCCCCCACGCGGGAGUUCAUCUACGUGCCGCACGCCUAUGCCUCCCUGCAAAGAACCCCCCAUCGCCAUAGCCAGGGGGCGGGUUCGGGGUCGGCAUUGCGAAACAAUCCACAAUGCCGCCUGAAACGAUCCCAGUCCCUCUGCCGACCCACUGCCGUUCAGUUUGUGGAGCAAAUCACCACGUCUGUGUAAGAAAGUCGUGGGUGUGACAACGGCACUCGGAAAAAAGUGUAACGAGAGGCAGAAAUAUGUUAAACAGAAUUUUAGGUCAAGUCGCUAACUGAAAAUCUCUAGGCUCGAAAACAAUAUGCUUCAGAAAAAAGUCUUCGUUUAUAGGGUAACUCUAUGGAAGAGUCAAAAUAAAUCGUACCAUACCUUUAGACACCUUUUUAAAAUGAUUACAUAUCUAACAAUUUUAUUCCUAACUCAUUCAAUUUAUAGAAAUAUUUUUUUAAGAAUUUGGUUUCCCUUUUCAACAAUUUUAUUUGAAAUGUUUAUUUUUAUAAAUGUUUCAUUACCUUAAAUCACAUUUCUAAAUGCUGUACAUUUUUAUUUCUCUAGAGGUUUUUCAAAUUUCGUUACCUUUUUAUUCCGAGUGUAAUGCAAAACACAAAGACAACGCAGAAAAUCGAACAGGCCCCGCAACAAUUGGGUCCUAUAAAACUUAUAUUUUGGUAUGUUGGUCCCACCCACACACACGACUACGUGAACCGCAUGCACAAUUUGCCAGAUCUCUUCUAGUCUUUUGUCGUAGUUCUAUUAGAAAUGUAAACUUAAAAACAGCAACCGAAUGAAGUCGAAAGUGUAACUGAAAUCCCACAACACCCAAACGAAAAACGAAACGCGAUGAAUUUUUCACAGGAAAUCCACAUUAAACUUUUACACACACGCAUGCACUAAGCUAGGAUGAAAAUUUUACUCAUUAGCAUAUUAAUAUAUUAUAGAGAUUACAGACAGACGAAAAAGCUUUAUCUUUGUCUCAAGCAAAAAGUAUUCAACUUGUGGCCAGUGCAUAAAUAUUUAUGAGAUAAUUCAAUUGGGCAGAGAACAGACGCAAACUGAAAACAAACAAACUUCUUAAAUGGUCCAUUUUAUAACGUGCAUACAAUUUAACCACCGAAAACCGAAAACCGAUUACCGAUAUAUACUCGUACAUGUAGACAGAGGAGAAUGCGAAUAUGGACAUGAAGUCGAUCCAAUUAAACGACUCUUUACCCCGGGGACAAGGCUGAGCUGUCCUGAGUGCCGAGUUUUUCGUGUCGGCCAAGUACUUUAUUUUUCAAUAACAAUUAUAUAUUGCAUAAUUAAGAGGCGUUUAAUGGAGGACAACAGAAAGAGGCGAGCGAAAUGUCGAUGGAAAUGAAAAUGAAAAUUACAUUGGCCUUAUUUUCCAAUCGAAAUGAGGCAUAUGAAAAAAUAAUUAUUGCCAUUAUGAUAGCCUGAAUUAAUUGAGAACUUCAUUUCGGACAUAACAAACGUUUUGUAAUGGAAGUAUUUUAUUGGGCUGAGAUUUUUGGGUGUUCAAGGUUAUAAAUAUGUUUAUAUUUAUGAUCAUCAGUUCUCUCACAUUUAUUUUCAUUUUGAUUCCAAGGCAUCUAAAGUAAUCCCCAGUAAAUUACAAAUAUAUGGCCUAUGAAAAACAAAAGAAAUACCCCACAAAGCCAAUUUGUAUAUCAUUAGUAAUUCAUUCCAAUAAAGAUCUGAAUUUGUAAAAGAGCCAGGUACAUAAUCAGCUUAAUAACAAGUCACAUUACAACCAAUUAAAAAAACAGUUCGAUGAAGCCAUGAUACAGCAAACAAAAUAAAGAAAGGGUCAGCUGCAAAUAAACAGAAUAAAUUAAAUAUUUGAAAAGCUUAAAAAAGGCAAAUAAACAAGAAAGGACAGCAUAAUAAUACAGGAGUGAUUGUCAGCGGGGGAAAACUUUCAUAAAGUGAAUAUUAAAAUAAACUAGUAAAAUGGCAAUCGAAAAAUAAACAAAACCGGCAAAAUGCCAAACAAAUUUAAACAAUAUGUUAAAGGAAAACCCAAUACAAAUGGCUAACAAAACGGACAGCCAAUUUAUAAAAAUUUACGAACAAAUCGAAUGGAAAUACAUUUACUAAAGACCAUAAAAGAAGUAAAACGAAUUUUCCGCAUCUCACCUCCUUUGUGUAUAAAUUUCCAUUGAAAAUCUUUAUAAUGCACGAACAAAAGGACUUAAGUCAAAACCAACUGCCAAGAAACGCAAUAAAGAAACGUUUGCAUAUGUUUAAAUGAGUCUAUAAAAUUCUUGGAGAAAUUCUUCGCUCCCUUACGGUCAUUAAAAUAAAUUAGAUAUAUAUAUAACUUUCGCCUCCAACUCCUUUUUCGCCAAUUGUGUUCAGCGAAAACGAAACACUUAGCAUAAAAUAAUAUUACACCCUCAAGCAUAUCUAUGUGCCAAAAAAGAAAUCAUAAAAUAAAACCAUAAACUAUUUGCAAUUUUGCCGAAAUAACACAAAAGGAACUAACCAACUUAAGGUACAACUUGUAGCUAAAACAAUUUUUAUCUGAUGGAAUUUAGAUACGUGAAAUUUUUCAGAGAAAAACCUAAGCGCAAAAACUCAUAUUUGUAACUCUUUAUCAUUAGUAGUUUAGUGUGAUAAAUGUUAAUAAAGAAAGCAUAAACGGAAA